GAGCGGUGCCGGAAGGACUCGGGGAGGGCCGAGCAGUCUGACCGGCUGCCGACACGAUCGCUUCACUGGGGCAGUCUCUGCAUAUCAUGGGGAGAUAGACCUGCUGCCUCUUUACCUUUUCCAGAGUGUCAUAUAAAUGGAAUCAUACAGUAGCUUGUGAAAAUGGCUGCCUCUCAUUUCACCGGGCUCACAGCUGUUGCUGACGUAAUUAAAGAUCUAGACACUCAGAUAGCUAUUCCUCAUUUCAUUUACUUAUUUCAAUUUGGUGGACUAUGUCAUUCAGCUUCUGGAGAAGAGGUGGUUGCUAAACAUCAGUUGAUUGGCCUCGGUCCUCAUACCUCCAGAAAGAAGCAGGAUCUUGAUAAGCUCUAUGAGCUGAAGUCCAAAGCUCGGCAGAUUAUGAACCAGUUCGGCCCCUCAGCCCUCAUCAACCUCUCCAAUUUCUCAUCCAUAAAACCGGAACCAGCCAACACCCCUCCACAAGGCUCCAUGGCCAAUAGCACGACAGUGGUUAAGAUACCAGGCACUCCUGGGUCAGGAGGGCGUCUCAGCCCUGAAAACAAUCAGGUAUUGACUAAGAAGAAAUUACAAGACUUGGUAAGAGAAGUGGAUCCUAAUGAGCAACUAGAUGAAGACGUGGAGGAGAUGUUGCUACAGAUCGCGGAUGAUUUCAUCGAGAGUGUGGUGACAGCAGCCUGCCAGCUCGCUCGGCAUCGCAAGUCCAGCACCCUGGAGGUGAAGGAUGUCCAGCUGCACCUAGAACGCCAGUGGAACAUGUGGAUCCCAGGAUUUGGCUCUGAAGAAAUACGACCCUACAAAAAAGCUUGCACCACAGAAGCUCACAAACAGAGAAUGGCAUUGAUCCGGAAGACAACCAAGAAAUAACACAUGGAAAGGUCAGGGAAUGGACAACAAUGUAUUUGGAGAUACUUGAGCUGAGACCUCAGCCAUCUCAUCCUUGGAUUUUUUUUUUAAUGCUUUACAGAGAAGCAUAUAUUUUUUAUUAACAGUGCAGCAAUAUCUAUAAUGACUGAGAGGAUCUGCCAAAAGAAUAAAGCCUCCUUCCCCCACUUUGGCCCCUUUUCCCUGCCGUCUCAAAGAGGAACAAUGUAUCUUCCAGAGAAGAUUUUAUUUGUGGUUUAUUAUAUAAGUGAUUGAACAUGGGACAAAGCGGUAUGGUCUUGUUUGGUGAGACAGUAUUAGCAGGAUUUGUGGAGGUUUCUGUUUUCUUCUCCCUUCCCUUUUUCCCUGUACUUUGUAAUGUCAGUGUUUAUAUGAAUAUGACUUUCAUUUGCUUUUCCAGAAUAAAGAAGUUAUUAAUCGAAA